AUGGAGAGCGUGUAUUUGUUGGUGCUAGUGCGCGUAUGGAGCUGUGGUGGCCUUGUAAAAAGCGUGGGUGGGCCCUCGCUGAUACGACCUUGCAAAGCUGUGGAGGUGAAAGGUGGAGUUGUUGGCGUGGAUGUAGGCUACCGGCGAGUUGGCAUUGACGGAGCAGUUGUUGGGGCGUACGCAGCCUUGGCUGAGCACUGGUACAAUUUGUGGUUGAGACGGUUGGUCAGUAGAGAGGAGACUGUGCUGCGCCCAGCCGGUUCCGGCGUGAAGGCGGUGGUGACAAUGCAUGACGUCAGCCACGCAGCACCAAUGUGCAUUGCAAGACGUACUGAUCUGUCGCAGUGGUAUCGUUUGCACGCUGUGGAGAUUGUUUGUAUAGGUUUCUCGAAGGAUGGAAUGUCAGAGAAGAAUCACUGGCUAUCCUUGCGCUUCGGGUUUACGCGUGAUCAAGAAGUGCAUUGCAGUGCGUUCGGGAUCGGGGAUGUGUAUUGGUUGGUGCUGGUGCGCGAAAGGAGCCGUUGUGGCCUUGUAAAUAGCGUAGCUGGGAAAGCGCUGGCCCGAAUUUGCAAAUCAAGGAUUUGGGAUGGAGUCGAGGAUGUGAGGCUGUUAAAUGGCUAUGCUUCGUACCAUCUAAUGGAGAAUGUCCUGCGACCAGGAGGUUUUGGCGUGAAGGCGGUGGUGGGGUCGCAUGACCUCAGCCGCCCGGCAACAAUGUGCGUUGCAGUUUGGGUUGAUCUGUCGCAGUGGUAUCGCUUUUACGCUGUGGAGGUGAAAGGCGGAAAUGUUGUGUUGGCAUUGCAUGCUAGCUGCGAGUUGGCAUUGAUGGUCUUGUAA